AUGGAAUCUGGAGGAGCUCCUACUAACCGCUCAUCGGUCAUAAGUAGUAGUGAAGUCGCCUUCCCAAGAGGUGGAGCCACUGCUUUGACUCCUCUUGAGGUGAAGGAAAUUUCUAAUGAAGUUACCAGUGAUGUUCUUUUUGAACAAGAGUCAAGCAACAAAAGAUCGAUUGGCUCUAAGUCUGAUCAACCUUCAAAGAAAGUGAAAAAGUCUACAGGAAAGAAGAAGUCUGCUGCCAAUGCCGAACAAGACGAUGAAAAAUCGUCAGUUCAAAUCGAAAAUUUUAGUUACAAGAACUUAAUUCCUGAUACUUUAGUAUUGGCUCAAAUUGUGUCGAUCAACAAAGUGGAUUUAACAUUAGCAGUUGGUGAUAACUUAGUUGGUUAUGUCUCAAUGUCUUCAAUUAGUGAAGAGCUCAUUGCAUUGAUUGAAAGGUUCGAAAAAUCUCAAGAAUCAGAUAGUGAAGAUGAAGAAGAUGAUGAGGAUGAAGAUGACGAAACUACCACAACCACAGCUAACUUGAAAUCUAAACCUGAAGCUGAAUUGCCAAGCUUGCAAAAGCUUUUCUCUAUAGGGCAAUGGUUAAAAGCUAAAGUAGUGAAGCCCGCAGGAGAAGACAAGAAUGAUAGCAAUAAGAAGAGAAUUCAAUUCACCAUAGAACCAGAAUCCAUAAACUCUGCUCUUGAAUUUGAAGAUUUGAUUGUUGGGAAUUACUUACAAUGUUCUAUCAAGUCUAUUGAAGAUCAUGGUAUAAUUUUAAAUACUGGUAGAGCCAAUUUGUCUGGUUUUAUUUCUAACAAAGAGUUAGUAAAUGAAGACAGAAGUAAGCUUAAUGUUGGUUCUGUUAUACUUGCUAGUAUCGUAUCCAAACCAGCUUCCACAUCUACAAGAACAAUUACUUUAAGACCUGCGUCUUCUACAUCCAAAAAGGCCACUGUCACCACCAUUUCAUCUGUUGAUUCAAUUCAGCCUGGUGUGAUUGUUGAUGCUUUAGUUUCAGAUGUAACCAAAAAUGGUAUUGUUGCCAAAGUUUUUGGUUUGGUUGAUGCUACAAUCAAUUUGGCUCAUUUGUCAAAUAACUUGUAUGAUUUUAAUACCAUAAAGCAUAAGUACACUAUUGGUAAUAACGUCAAGGCCAGAGUUGUGGCUGUAUUACUUAAAGCAGGAACUAAGAGAUUAAUCUUAUCACAAUUACCUAACAUAAUAUCUUUGGAUCCAAAUGCUGCUAUAACUAAUCGUACUGAAGCUUUGGAAGCUUUCCCAGUAGGUCACAUUUUCCAAGAAGUGGAAGUUAAGGGUUCAGACCCUAAUUAUUUAUAUGUUUCCUUCGGUUCAUCAUCCAUUUACGGUCAAGUGCAUAAUUCUAAGAUCGAUAAGGAAAUGCCAUUAGAAUCCUUCUACAAUAUUGGUUCAAAGCAUAAGGCAAGGGUCACUGGAUACAACCCAGUGGAAAAUUUGCUCACAUUAACUUUAGACCCUAAGCAAAUUGAAACUAGAUAUUUAACUGCUCAAGACGUCCCUGUCGGUGAGUUAGCUCCUGGCUGUGAAAUUGUCAAAGUCUUGCCAGAAGCUGGUGGAAUUAUAAUCAAGAUCUUUGGUGGAAACAUCGAAGCCUUCGUUCCAGGAAACCAAAUGUCAGAUGUCAAAUUGGUGUAUCCGGAAAGAAAAUUCAAGGUGGGUGCUAAAGUGAGAGGUAGAGUUUACAAGAAGCUUGGAGCAAAGAAGAUUUUGGUCACAUUGAGAAAAUCCCUUGUUAAUGUUGAAGAAGAUGAAAUCUUAACCAAAUUUGAAGAUGCUAAACUUGGCUUGAAAACACCUGCCACUGUGGAAAAAUUCGUUCACAAUGGUGUGAUUGUAUCAUUUUUCGGUAACUUAAGUGCUUACUUACCAAAGAAUGAAAUUUCUGAAACUUUCGUUAACGAUGCCAAAGAUCACUUAAAAAUUGGUCAAACUGUUAAUGUUAAGGUAUUGAGAAUUGAUGAGGAUUUAAAAAGAAUCUUAGUUACUUUGAGACAAUCCACUGAAUUGAGUAGUGCUCAAAAGUCAGCAAUUACUGAUUUGAUUCCUGGUAAGUCGAUAGUUGAAGUUUCCAUUGUUGAGAAGACUAACGAAUCGAUUAUUGUUGAAGUAAACGAUGAAAGUAAUUUAAGAGGUGUCAUCUUUACCGGACAUCUCUCAGAUGGAAAUUAUGAGCAAAACAGAGUUAUAUUUAAGCAAUUGGUUGUUGGCUCUAAGUUAAAAGCACUCGUGUUGGAAAGAGAUGUGAAAGCUAGAACAGUGAUUUUAUCUGCUAAAGAAUCAUUAUUAGAGGAAGUCGAAACCCGUGAAGGUAAGAUUCCUUCCAAUUUCAGGGAUAUCCAACUCGAUAACAAAGUUUUACAUGGUUUUGUCAAGUCUGUGACUAGUAUGGGAUUAUUCGUCACUUUUGCUGGUAGAUUAACUGGAUUGGUUCUAGCCAAGUAUGCCAACGGAAACAGUAAAGGAGAUGCAGCCUCUCUUGAUAAAAAAUUUUAUAAGUAUCAAUCAGUCGCUUGUCGUGUUGUCCGUAUUGAUCACGAGAACAAAAGAUUCUUAUUGUCCUUAAAUCAAGAUUCUAAUCAGAAAGGUAACGGUGACAGUGAUGAUUCGAACUCAAUUGAAUUGGUUAACCCAGUCGAUUCCACAAAAAAAUUCGCUAAUGAAUUUGUACCUGGUGUUUCUACCAAGGUUAGUGUCAAAUCUGUUCGUGGAACUCAAUUGAAUGUUCAAUUGGCUGACAAUCUUCAAGGUAGAAUUGAUAUCACUCAAUGUUUCCAUUCCUGGGAUGAUAUUAAAGAUAAGAGUCAACCUCUUUCACAAUUCCAUCGUGGCCAAGAACUAGAAGUAACGGUCAUUGGGUACCAUGAUGCUAAGAAUCAUAAAUUCUUACCAAUAACUCAUAAGAAGAAUAACAAGAAUGUUAUUUUGGAGUUAUCUUUAAUCAAGAAAAAGAAUACUGGAACAGAAUUAUUAAACUUGUCCAAUGUCUCGAUCGGUUCUAAUUGGAUUGCAUACAUUAAUAACAUUGCUGAAGGAUUCGCUUGGGCAUCCAUCUCACCCUCAGUUAAGGGACGUAUUUCAUUUAUGGAAUUGACCGAUGAUGUUGCAGUAUUUGAUGACUUGGAGAACAACUUACCAAUCGGUAGUGCUGUUCAGGUUAUUGUCAAAGAAAUUGACACUGAACAUAACUCGCUUACUUUGAACGGUAGAAUCAAGACAGUUGUAAAGUCUAUCAAGGAUAUUAAAGUAGGUGCAAAGUACCCUGCAAGAAUCCUUAAAGUUAAGGAGACUUUUGUCCUUGCCGAAUUAGGUCAGAAUGUUGUUGCAUCUGCUUACAUCACUGACGCUUUGAAUGAUUAUACUGAAAAGCUUGAAAAUGUUUUCCAUACUAACGAAUUUGCAACAGCUACUGUUAUUGCCGUUGAUUCUGAAUCCAAAAAGAUUGCUAUUUCGUUGAGAAGCUCAGACAGUAUUGAAGGUGAAGUGAAAGACAAGGUCAUUAACUCCAUUGAUGAUUUAACUAAAGGGGAUGUGGUUCGUGGCUUUGUUAAAAAUAUUGCAAAUAAUGGUGUUUACGUUGCAUUGGGAAGAUCAGUACAUGCUUUGGUUAGAGUCGCUGACUUAACCGACUCUUACUUAAAAGAUUGGAAAAAAUACUUUAAAGUGAAUCAAUCUGUCUUAGGUAAAAUUUCUUCUUGUAAAGAAGAAGGAAGAAUUUUGAUGACCUUGAAAGAAAGUGAAGUUAGUGGAGAAUUGAAUGUUUUAAAGAAGUUCGAUGACUUAGAGGUCGGUGAAACCUUUGAAGGUUCUGUCAGAAAGGCAACUGAUUUUGGUGUUUUCGUCAAGUUAGACGGUACCGUCAAUGUUAGUGGUUUAUGUCAUCAUUCUGAAAUUGCUGAUAAAAAGGUUGAUAAUGUCACCUCGUUAUUUGAAGAAGGAGACAGAGUCAAAGUAAAGGUGUUGGCCAUUGAUAAUGAAAAGAAACAAUUAUCUUUAGGUAUGAAGGCUUCUUACUUUAAUGAAACCCAAGAUCAAGAUAUGGAAGAAGAUGAAGAUGAAGAUGAGGAUGAAGAUGAAGAUGAAGACGUCGAAGACGAUGAGGACGAUGAGGAUGUCGACAUGGAAGAAGAUGCCGAUUCUGAAGAUGUCGAUUCUGAAGAAGGCGAUGAUAUCAUGAUUGAUGUUGAAAACAAUGAUUCUGAUGAUUCUGAUUCUGACUCUGAGGCUGAAGAUAAGUCUAAACAUUCUGUAUCAGUCUCUGAUGGUUUAUCAACCAAUGGUUUCGAUUGGACUGCAUCCAUUUUGGACCAAGCCGAAGACUUGUCUGAAUCUGAAGAUGAAGACUUCACUCAAGAAAAGAAGAAGAAGAGAAAGUCAAAGGCUCAAACUGAAGAUCUUACUGCUGACAUAAAUACUAGAGCUCCACAAUCUGUAUCUGAUUUCGAACGUUUAUUGAUUGGUAAUCCAAAUUCUUCCAUAUUAUGGAUGAAUUACAUGUCAUUCCAACUUCAAUUAAGUGAAGUUGAAAAGGCCAGAGAAAUUGGUGAACGUGCCUUGAAAACCAUUGCUUACCGAGAAGAACAAGAAAAGAUGAAUAUUUGGAUUGCCUUACUCAAUUUGGAGAAUACUUUUGGAACUGAAGAAUCUUUAGAUGAAGUUUUCAAACGUUCAUGUCAAUACAUGGAAUCAAUCAUCAUGCAUCAAAAAUUAGUCGGAAUAUAUAUAAUGUCAGAAAAAUUCGACAGGGCUGACGAAUUAUAUAGGGUUAUGUCUAAAAAGUUUGGUCAACAUAUUUCUACCUGGGUUCAAUACGGCUCGUCAUUGUUGGACCGUGGAUUGAACGCUGAGGCUCAUGAAGUUUUGGCUAAGGGAUUACAGGUGUUACCAAAAAAAUCGCAUAUUGAGGUUGUUCGUAAGUUUGCUCAAUUAGAAUUUGCCAAGGGUGAUCCAGAACAAGGUAGAUCACUCUUCGAAGGUUUGGUUUCAGAUGCUCCAAAGAGAAUUGAUUUAUGGAAUGUUUACAUUGAUCAGGAAAUCAAACAAGACGAAAAGAAGAAGGUUGAAGACUUAUUUGAAAGAGUCAUCACCAACAAGAUUUCCCGUAAGCAAGCUAAAUUCUUCUUCAGUAAAUGGCUUCAAUUCGAAGAGGAAAAGGGAACUGAACAAGAGUGUGCUCGUGUAAAGGCAAAGGCUGCCGAGUACGUUCAAUCCCAUUCUAAAGAUGAGUAG